UUUGAUUUUUGUUAUUCGUACGUAACACAGAUUACUAUAAACCAAAGAUUACAAUAUUAUUGUGGUUAUAGUGUGGUUUUAAGCUUACUGAGUAAUAUAAUCGGUCUACAUUAAAAUGGGAUCUAAAAAGCACAAAAAGGAAUCUAAAAAGAGGAAGCACAGGAGUAGAUCACGUUCCCCUUUGGAUGGCGAGGAGCGCGAAAGAAAAAGACAUAAGAAACACAAGGAUCGCAAAAAGGACCGCUCCCCUGAUGUGGAGGAGGUGCCGGUGGACUCUCACCUGCGGGACAAUGGCGCGCGCGUGCGCAGCCGCAGCAGCAGCGCCAGCGCGGACCGCGAGCGGGAGCGGGAGCGGGACCGACGCAACAGGGAGGUGCACCGCCCACCACGCGAUGACAGAGAUAAGAGUUUGGAGGUGGAGAGGGCUGCGUCUCCGGUGGGCGCAAGCGGUGGGGGCGGCGCCUCCGAGAGUCUCUCCAUAGAGGAGACCAACAAGCUGCGAGCCAAGCUCGGUCUCAAACCACUAGAGGUCACCGAGAAACCUGCAGAUGAUGGUAAAAUCAAAGAUGACUUGGGUGAAUUCUACCACAAACCGGCCAGCAACAUCACUCAACAGAAGAAAACUGAAAAACUCCGUGAGAAGCUCGAGGAGCGGAAGGAGAAGAGGAAACUAGAACAGAAGUUGAAAACUACAUUGCUGGCGGAAGGUUCCGACGACGAAGACGCCUCCGCCUGGGUGAAAAAAUCCCGCGAACUGGACAAACAGAAACAGGAGGCCGCUAAAAGGGCGGCGAUGCUGGACGAGCUGGACGCGGAGUUCGGCGUGGGCGCGCUGGUGGAGCAGGAGCAGCAGGAGCGGCAGCAGCGCGCCUACAGCGGGGCCAGUCUGGCCGGCCUGCGCGUGGCCCAUCAGCUGGACCAGGUGGCGGAGGAGCGCGAGGUGGUGCUGACGCUGGCCGACCAGCACGUGCUGGCGGACCAGCCCGAGGACGUGCUCGUCAACGUGAACAUGCUCGACGACGAGCGGUACAGGAAGAACAUAGAGGAGCGGAAGAAGGCCAAAGUGGGCUACCAGGCGUACGAGGACGAGGAGGAUGUGGCGGCGGCUGCGCUCGGCAUCAGCAAGCCCGUGCUGGGCAAGUACGACGACGAGCUGCUGAGGGAGCAGCGGGACCGAGCGCGUGGCUUCGUCAUCGGGCUGCACCAGGACAAGGCCACGGAACCACAGCGUACACUGGAGGUGGCGCGGCGGCUGCAGUCGCUGCAGGCGCCGGCGCCGCGACUGGCGUCCGACUACUUGGACCACCACGAGAUACACGCCAAGUUCAAGAAGACCAAGCGGAAGGGUAAGAUGCGAAAAAAACCUAAAGCGGAGCCCAUCGACGUGGAGGAAUACGAGGCCGGCACUGUGCCGCUGCACACGGACGAUACAGAAGUGGUGGCCGGCUCGACGGCGGACUCGACGGCGCUGGACUCUGACGAGGCUGAGCCGGACCGCGACUUGCAGGCGGCCCUGGCCCGCGCGCGUGCCCUCGCCCUGCGGCCCGCCCACGCCCCCACCCUGCCCAAGGUGGAGGAGGUGCUGCAGCACGUGAAGGAGGAGGAGGCGGUGCCGGAGGGCGGCAUGCUGCUGGACGCCACCGCCGAGUUCUGCCGCACGCUCGCCGAGCCCGCCCUCGCGCGGCACUCGCUCGCGGAGGUGGAGAGUGAGGAGAUGGAAGCGGAGGCGGAGGCGGAGGCGGGCGCGUGGAGCCGCGUGGACACGCGCGCGGACCGCACGCCCGACCUGCACGCGGGGCCGGUGUCAGGGCUGGAGGCGGAGCCGGCGCUGGGCGCGGGCGUGGCGGGGGCGCUGCGCCUGGCCCUCAGCAAGGGCUACCUGGAGCGCGCCCCCAACCUGCCCCCGCCGCGCCCCCACCACCACCACCUGCUGCACGCCGCGCACUACUCCAUAGAGGACAAGGCCGCCCCGUACGUUGUACACGAUACUAUGACGCCUUAUGUGUGCGUAUGCGUAUAUCUGUAAUAUUGUAACAAGCUUCGUGUCCAGGGAGGACGACAAGUACGGUCGCCGCGAGCGCGGCCACUCCGGCCCGCUGCAGGAGUUCCGCGAGAAGUCCGCCUUCCGGCCCAACAUCAAGCUGGAGUACGUGGACGACGACGGCCGCGCGCUCUGCCCCAAGGAGGCGUUCCGGUACCUCUCGCACAAGUUCCACGGCAAGGGGCCCGGCAAGAACAAGCAGGAGAAGCGGAUCAAGAAGGCCGUCCAGGAGGGGCUGAUGAAGAAGAUGAGCUCGACGGACACGCCGCUGGGCACGCUGCAGAUGUUGCAGGAGAAGCAGCGCGAGACCCACUCCGCGUACAUCGUGCUCAGCGGCAACAAGCGCGACCAAAACAACUAGACCCCUCGUCGACACCACACCGAUCAUAUUAUUUUCAUUUAGACGUUCCAAGAACAAAAAUGUCUGAUCAAUUUUACCCUUAUCCUUCGUUUCUUUCACUCCAAAUUAUUUUGCCUUUGUUGCGAUGGAAGUGUAUAUGAGUUUCCAGCUUAUUAUCACUCAUUCUCAAAGACCCCUUUUUAAAUGAGUGCUCUGAACUUUGUUUUCCUAACUAUGCAUUAUUAAUUCGGCUCGCGUGAAUUUUGAUUAGUAGUAAUUUCUGUCCGGUUGGAGUCAUAUUUUAAUGUACUUACAACUCGAGCACUGGCCGAGGCAACUCGACAAUUGAACAUACUAACAUAAGCACAUAACAUUAUAUAGUGUAGAUGAUACAAUGGAAGUAAGUAUUUAGUGAUUUUAACAUACAUAUAAGCGGUAAUAAUAAAUGUAACAUUCGAUCGUUCUGUUCGCGAUCGCUGGACGGUCCCGCUUCGGAAACCACUAUCGAGCAAUAUUGGAAUUAAUCUGGAAUGAAUGUUUUCGCAAUGUUAGUUGGUAACUAAUAUCUGGAAAUUUUAAAAUAAAUGAAAUUAUCACAUAGCC